AUGCCGGAGGUUUCAGAGGAGCUUAUGGACGAAGAUUACCGGAUAUCCGGUGACAUAUACGUCAUUCAAGCGGUGUCAGAUCACGUGUCCGAUGACCUCGAGGAUAUGCUGCUGACGAGGAUUGAAAACCAUGGACAAGUUAUUGUUAAACUUGCAGGGAACGCAAUCAGCAUUGUACGAGAUGGAGAAGCCUUACACCAACUGCUUCACAACACUGCGAGGAAUAACGACCCUGUUGACAUUCCGAAAGCUCUUCUUGACGUGGUUUAUAUAUGCGAAAAGAAGUCCCACAUCUACAUGAUUGUUGACAACGAAGAACAGUUCACAGAAGAUGCUGAGAUGGUCCUUAUGAUUUUGAAGGACAGCUCCAUCAGGGUAGAUGUGAUAGACCUCCGCAAAGGAGAUCAUGAACGAAAACGUCGUCAGGCCGUUAACCUCUACCAACUUCUUGCAAAUGUCUCGGGUGGUUCAGUCAUCACUACAGACAAAAACAACAUCGGAAAUGCCGUCAACAUUAUAACGCAAAGCCUUCAAACGACAAGAGUAAACAUCAUGCGGUUUUCAUACCCGAAGCCCGCGGGAGACAAGUUUUCAAUUUCGGUUGAUGAUACGAUGAAAAAACUUGUAGUAAAAGUUCAAGCGGAGAAAGCACAACCAGUCAUGAUAGCAACAAAUCCAGCGGGAUUACCAUCUAUCGCCAGACCCCAGUCGAUUGGAGUUGCAGCUGCCGGAUCUGUCAUUGCACUAUUAGAAAUAAACAUAACAACAGCAGCUGAUUGUGGAAGAUGGAACAUAAUGAAGAUGGACCCAAGUCUUUGGGAUGUGACAGUGCAAGGAGAUAGUCCUGUGGAUUUCACUCACCAAUUUGUCGAACCGGGUCCGGGGGGAUUCGGCGAAUAUCCAAUCAAAGGAAGGCCAAUCGCAAAAACGGUUUACAAAAUGGUUGUAACUGUUCCUGAGUAUGCAAAGGUCAACAAAGUUGCGGUGUCUUUCCUGAUGAUAAGGGAUUCUCUCAUGCCUAAAGGAUUUGGACCGCUAACGAAUGUUGGUGGAAGGAGAGGGCAAUCCAUCUUUUAUACGAAUAUCACAAUACCAGAAGAUCCUUUUAUGAUUGCUAUUGAGGGACGAGACAAAACCAGCCAUACGUUUCGAAGGAUUGACCCAUCAUUAAUAACGCCAGUCACGCUCAAGUUGUUCGUACCACCAAUGUCAGGUGUCGUAUUGUUGGAGAGUGAACGCCUUGACAUCCCGUUUACUGUAUAUAAUGCUGGAGCCAAGGAGCAAGAUAUUGAUGUAAAGAUUGAAGACGAUCAGUCCUUUGCCAUGGACCCGAAGAUUCACUCCUACACGAUAAAGGCUGGACAAAAUGAGACUGGUCAUUUCACAUUGAAAGCAGGCACGAAAGGAGGUGUAACGACGACAGUUACUAUAAACGCCAAGCCGUUCCUCGGAAUAUCGACGUUUUCACAAGGGCAAUUUGAGCUUCGGCGGUUCACAGUGAAAGAAAAGGAAGACCAUGUAGAUCCAACGUGUAACAUCACCAACAUUCAAGGCACCUGUAACUUUGGGGUAGAUCCAUGCGCAUGCGUGAACUACACGUGGUCAGCAGAUAUGGAAAUAGGAGAUGUCGGGCUUGGCUUAGACAAAGUUGAAAUUCUGAACGCCAGUGUUUCCUACACUUUUAAGAAUGACCCGUUCACUUCCGGCUACAACAUCAGCAUGGGUAUCGUGAAGGCCAAAAUUGGCUACAACUGCUGUUUUCAGUCAGCUAUUGUCCAGGCUACGGACACAAAAAAGAACACGGGGGAAUGUGAAGUUAACGUCACAAAGAACUUUGUUCCGCCAGAUCUAUCCCAGUGUAACAAGACCACCACCACGUCAACUUCAACCACAACCGGAGCAACAACGACUGUUAUUACAUCAUCGACAGUGUCUUCCGUAUCUUCCCCAUCAUCUGGAAGUUCCACACCGUCUUCUGGAUCAACCGCGUCCUCAGGCAAAACUGGGUCGGCUACAACAAACACUGCUGCUACUGGCACAGUGCCUGUUGGUAGUGUUAUUGGCACCACAAAAGCGACACAAUCAACAUCCCCUCGGCCUGGUGCCUCGACAAACUCACCAUCCGGAGGAAGCUCUGUUACAGGAUCUUCCCUUGGAGCAUUAACCAAGAAUGGAGUGACGGCAGGAACGAAUACAGGAACGAAUGCAGCAACGAAUACAGGGUCGUCUCCGAAAGGUGGACAAUCAACGACUGCCGCUCCCCAAACAAGCAAUAACUCUGACAACGGCGGUAACAACAAUGGGUUAACAGCAACUGCAAUUGGUGCUGGUAUGGCUAUAGGCGCAGUCAUUGGUGUCACGGCCCUCGCUGCUAUGGCCUUAAUCUUCAAGAAAGCCAUGUCCAAGCAAAACCAAUCCGUAAGUCCCUCCGGCGAGAGACGUCGGCAUCGUCGGGACAGCGAGAGGGACCGAGCACGCCGACAGAGUAACCUUGCUUGGACGUAA